AUGGAGAAGAUUGAGAAGGUUGAUUUUCGGGUAAAAGAGUACUUGGAGGAUGCUGGAAGGGAAAAGUGGGAUCGACUGUAUUCACCCGUUAACAUAGGAUGGACAAUGACCUCAAAUAUAGCCGAAUGUAUUAAUGGAAAAUUGGUAGCGAUGGGAGAGUUUCUGUUUUCGAUUUUCUUGAAGAAGUUGAACCAUCAAUGCGAAUAUGUAUACGUAAAUGAUGAGGCAAGGCGUUUCAUAAUUGAUCUUGAAAAGAAAACAUGCAGUCGUCGGAUGUUUCAAAUGGACGAGAUACAUGCAUGGGCUGUAUUGAAGAGUAAAAGUCUUAUGCCUGAUGAAUAUUGCUCAGACCUAUUCAAACCAAAGACAGUGAUUAAGACGUAUGAUGUGCCGGUGGAUCCUCUGCCUGACGAGAGUGAGUGGAAUAUUCCCAAACACAUAUGCGAUGAAGUUGUUUUGCCACCAAGAUACAAGAGACCCCCAGGAAGGCCAAAGAAGAAGCGAGAUAAACCAUUAAUGGAGACGAUGAUUGGUAAACGUAGGAAUGCUUGUAGUACUUGUGGACGUCUUGGUCACAAUAGGCGUUCUUGUUCUAAUGAGCCACGUAAGAAGUAG